GUCUCCGCUUGAAAAUUAAAAAACCAGGGGGCGAAGCCCUGUGGGAGAAACAAGAUUCCGACAUCGCCAAACUUCUCUAGAGAGACACACACACAACACAAGUUAACCCUACCUUAGAGUUCUGCACUGAAGGCCAUCAAGCGGAAGAAUGGAGACUGGUGGCAAUUCGCUGCCGUCAGGCCCUGAUGGUGUAAAGAGGAAAGUCUGUUACUUUUACGACCCCGAGGUCGGCAAUUACUACUAUGGCCAGGGUCACCCCAUGAAGCCCCACCGCAUCCGCAUGACCCACGCCCUUCUCGCCCAUUACGGCCUCCUUCAGCAUAUGCAGGUUCUCAAGCCCUUUCCUGCCCGUGAUCGUGACCUCUGCCGCUUCCACGCCGACGAUUAUGUCUCCUUUCUUCGUAGUAUCACCCCCGAAACUCAGCAAGAUCAGAUCCGCCAACUCAAACGCUUCAACGUCGGUGAGGAUUGUCCUGUCUUUGAUGGUCUUUACUCUUUUUGCCAGACCUAUGCUGGUGGCUCUGUCGGUGGAGCUGUCAAGCUUAACCACGGCCUCUGCGAUAUUGCCAUUAAUUGGGCGGGUGGUCUUCAUCAUGCUAAAAAGUGUGAGGCCUCCGGCUUCUGCUAUGUCAAUGAUAUCGUCCUUGCUAUCCUGGAGCUCCUUAAGCAGCAUGAGCGUGUUCUAUAUGUUGACAUUGAUAUUCAUCACGGAGAUGGAGUUGAGGAAGCAUUUUAUACUACUGACAGGGUCAUGACGGUCUCGUUUCAUAAAUUUGGGGAUUACUUUCCUGGUACAGGUCAUAUAAAGGAUAUAGGUUAUGGGAAAGGAAAGUUCUACUCGCUCAAUGUCCCACUGGAUGAUGGUAUUGAUGACGAGAGCUACCAUCAUUUGUUCAAACCAAUCAUGGGAAAGGUGAUGGAAGUUUUCCGACCAGGCGCUGUGGUUCUGCAAUGCGGCGCUGAUUCAUUAUCUGGUGAUAGGUUGGGAUGCUUUAAUCUUUCAAUCAAAGGUCACGCAGAAUGCGUCAAAUUUAUGAGAUCUUUCAACGUUCCCCUGCUGCUCUUGGGUGGUGGUGGUUAUACCAUCCGAAAUGUGGCCCGCUGCUGGUGUUAUGAGACAGGGGUUGCACUUGGAGUUGAAGUUGAUGACAAGAUGCCAGAGCAUGAAUAUUAUGAAUAUUUUGGUCCGGACUACACUCUUCAUGUUGCCCCAAGUAACAUGGAAAAUAAGAAUUCCCGCCAGAUGCUUGAAGAGAUCCGUAAUGACCUUUUAGAAAAUCUCUCUACGCUUCAGCAUGCACCGAGUGUACAAUUUCAGGAAAGGCCACCAGAAACAGAGGUUCCAGAGGGAGACGAAGAUCAAGAAGAUGGAGAUGAGAGAUGGGAUCCAGAUUCAGAUAUGGAUGUUGAUGAUGACCGCAAACCUAUACCGAGCAGAGUAAAACGAGAAGUGGUUGAACCGGACAGAAAGGACCAGGAUGGACAGAGAGGAGUGAAUGAGCGUGGCAAAGGUUUAGAGACAACCAUGGAUGAGAGUGGAAGCACCAAUGUGGUGACGGAAGUGAGCCCCCCGGCAGGAAUGGAGGAAGCAAGUGUGAAAACGGAACAAGGAGCAAACAAGGUGGCGGCGGCUGAUCCGAUGUUUCCAAAAGCAUAGCAUCUGCUGUCGGAAAAAUGUGAAAAGCUGAAACGUAUGUUUUGAUGUUCCAUUCAAAGAUCUUUGUCGAGGUCAGUUCGUCUGUCUUGGGAUUAUAUUACGUAGGGUACCCUGGAACGUAUUGCACACGAGGCAAGCCGAACAUUUAAUUUGUCUAAUGAUGGGCCAAAACCUUUGCCCUAAUCCUUUUGAGUCUAA